UAGCAUUAGCUUUAUUAAGUGCUCUUGCAAAAGCUAAACUUUGUUAUUAAUUAAUUAAUAAUUCAUGCUUAAUAUAAUAAUACUUGUGCAAAACCUGAGCUGGUUUCCAUUACCAAAUUGUUGUAAUGAGACAGUUUUUUUUUUUUUUUCCUGAUUGUGGUGGGGAAUCACUUCUACCACAAAAGGCAGAGGAUAGAAGUAUUAUAAGAGAUGAAUUACGUGCCAUUCUCUUCUCUUUCCUACCUUCUAUCCAUCACUAUUCAUUCUCGAUCUCCCGACAACAAAAAACACUCAAAGUAUACAUCAUGGAAAUUGUUACUUCAUGUGUUAGUUCAAUUUCUGAAAUUACUUUCAGCCGCUUGUUCGAUGCAGCAGGCCGUCAGAUUGGCUACCUGCUUAACUACAAUGACAACAUCGAAGCAUUAAGAAAUCAAGCUCAGGAACUCAAGGCUACCAGAGACAGCAUGCAAUUGAGAAUUGAUGCUGCUGAAAGAAACAGAGAAAUUAUCUUACCUGAUGUCAAAAACUGGAUAUCUAAAGUUGAUAAUGUCUCUGCAGAAGCAGAAACGUUUUUGGAAUAUGAAGGCAACGUGAACAAGAUGUGCUUCAAAGGUCGGUGCAUUAAUGUCCGAUCGCGUUACCGGUUCAGCAAGAUGGCAAAGCAGAAGAUAACGGUGAUCACUCAGCUCCAAGAAGAUGGAAAAUUUCAAAUUCUCUCUCAGCCUGCUCCUCCUUCUUCAAGCAUUAUCAUUCCAACUGUUGGAUUUUCUGGAAUUUUUGAAUCCAGAGAAUCAAUCAAGAAUGAAAUUAUGGAGGCCUUGAAAGAUGACAAGGUCAGCAUAAUUGGAAUUUGUGGGAUGGGGGGUGUGGGUAAAACCACUCUGGUGAAACAAGUUGGCAAACAAGCUGAGGAAGAGAAGUUGUAUGAUUCAGUAGUUUUUGUAGUUGUGUCUCAAACCCCAAAUAUCAUGGAAAUUCAAAAAGCAAUUGCUUACAAGCUAGAUCUGAAAUCAUUGUCGGAUAUUCCUGAAUCAGCACGAGCAAGUUCCUUGUGGCAGAGAAUUAAGCAGGAGAAACGAAUUCUCAUGAUAUUGGAUGAUGUUUGGGGAGAAAUUGCAUUGGCCGAGAUUGGUAUUCCUUUUGGGAAGGAUCACGGAGGUUGUAAGAUUGUGCUUACCUCUCGAAGUGAAAAUGUGUGCGAUGAAAUGGAUUGUGACAAAACAUAUAUAGUCAAAACUUUAUCAGAACAGGAAUCGUGGGAGCUAUUCAAGGAGCACGUUGGAAUGGAUGUUGAAAAUUCUAUCAGAAGCUCAAUCGCAAAAGAUGUAGUUGCUGAAUGUAAUGGCUUGCCACUUGCAAUUGUGACAAUAGCAAAGACAUUAAAGAACAAAAAUGAGCAUGUGUGGAAAGAUGUAGCACGACAACUAAAAAUGUCUGCUUAUACAGAUAUCCCAGGGAUGCAAAGAAGUGUGAUUUCAUCUUUAGAGUUGAGCAUCAAAUAUCUAGAAAGCGAUGAUGCAAAAUCAUUGUUCUUCUUUUGUAGUGUGUUUUCAGAGGAUUUUGAAAUCCCAAUUGAAGUUUUAGUUACAUAUGGAGUGGCUUUGAGGUGGUUCAAAAAUGUUGAGACAAUGAAGGAUGUUAGGCACAGAGUUCACGCUAUUGUAAGUACGUUGACCUCUUCUUUUCUCUUGAUUUAUGGAAAACAUCGGUACAAUAUGGAAGAGUAUGUAAAAUUGCAUGAUGUUGUACGUGAUGUUGCACAUAUAAUAGCACCUAAGUACAAUCAAAUAUUCUUGGUCAAAGCUGGCACUGGUCUAAAAGAGUGGCCAAACAGAGAUACAUAUGAAGAUCUCACAUGUAUCUCAUUAAUGUCAAAUGAUAUUAAAGAAGUGUCAGAUAUGAUAGAAUGCCCAAAGUUACAAUCUUUACUGUUGCAGGGAAAUUCUAAAAUGGUUUUCCCUAACAAUUUUUUUCAAGGCAUGAAAGAUGUUAGAGUUUUAGACUUGAGUAAAACUCAAUUAUUGCCACUGCCAGAGUCACUUUCUUUGCUGGCAAAUCUUAGAACAUUGUAUCUUAAUGGUUGCGAGUUAGGCGACCUAUCUAUUAUCGGGCAACUAAGUAAACUAGAAAUUUUUAGCCUUAAUGAUUCUAAUGUUAGGGAGAUCCCAAUAUCUUUCAGUCAAUUAAUUCAUUUGAGGUUAUUAGAUUUGAACGGUUGUGAAGAGCUUGCACGAAUAGCACAUGGUGUCAUAUCUUCUCUGUGUAAAUUGGAGGAGUUGUAUGUUUUAAGAAGUUUUGAGCAUUGGGAUUCUGAAGGAGAUGAGGGGGGUUUGAGAAACAAUGCAAAGCUUGCUGAGUUACAAUCUUUGUCUAGAUUGACUAGCUUGAAAAUUAUUAUCCCAAACUUGAAUUUCUUAAUUGAUAAUGAUGUGCCGUUCAAAAACUUAUCAAACUUUGCAAUAAUAAUAGGUGGUGUAGGACGUUUUGAAAAGGUCAACUUCAUGAUUGGUUCAAAAGAAUAUUCAAGAAAAUUGUUGAUGUCAAAUGAUGAUAAGGUUAUGAUUUCAGGAUUGAUUAAUUGCCUAAAGAAUUUGGUAAUUGAACAAACGGAAUAUUUAGAAGUAGGCUGGUGUAAAUCAAUGGUAUAUGUAUUUGAUUGUGAAGUGCUUAAGGUGACAUAUGGAAAAACAAAGUUGCUUUCGUCAUUAAAGGAACUAUAUUUGAAAUAUCUGCCAAACAUGACACAUAUAUGGAAAGGUGAAACUCAAUACAUAAACCUUUGCAACUUGAAGAGAAUAAAAUUAUGGAUGUGCCCAAAGUUAGUUAAGAUAUUUUCACAAGAUUUGUUGCAGAGUCUCAUUUGUUUGGAAGAAAUGGAGAUAUGUAGUUGUGACAAUUUAGAGGAGAUUUUCAUAAUGAGAGAAGAAGAGGAAAUAAUACCACCAAGGAAAGAUCUCACCACAACCUCCCCAAGUUUGGGAAACUUAACUUCUAUAUAUAUUUUUAGUUGCAAUAAAUUAAAAAGCCUCUUCACCCCCUCCAUAGUCAAAAGCCUUGUGAAGCUCUGGAAACUUAAAAUAUAUGAUUGCUCAGCAUUGGAAGAAAUAGUCACAAAUGAGGAAGUAUCAUCAUCAUUAGAAAAGAAGAUUGUUUUUCCUAGUUUGUCCGAAUUGAAGCUUGUACAACUAAGUAGCAUUGGUUGUUUUAGCUCAAGCUCAUAUUCUAUUGAAUUUCCUGUUUUGGAGAAACUUAUGAUAAUAAAAUGUCCAAAUAUGAAGAUUUUUGGUUAUGGAGAACAACUGACACCAAACCUCAACAAAGUUAUGAUGAGUUCUACCAGAGCACGAUGGUUGGGUCACCUGAACUCCACAGUUGAGCAAUUGUUCAUAGAAAAACAAGAGAAAAUCGCAAGGGAACAACUAAAUGAAGAAGAAGAAGAAGAAGAAAAAGAAGAAGAAGAAGAAAAAGUGAACACCUAACUGAGACAAUGACAAGAUUGAUGGAAAGCUAGUAGCGAGACAUGUUUCAUAAGCUCGUUUAAUCAAGGCGAAGGAAGAUCUUCCUGUUAAAAUCAACGGCCUUAGGCUUCCCGUCGAUACCAUCUGCCGCAACCCUAAAGGCUUUGAGUUCGACAAAGAAGUGUGCUCAUGGCAGUGAAAAUGCAGGGGAGUACAGGGCAUGGAAUUGUAGCAGAAAAGGAAAAGCAGACAAGCUGAAGAGGUUUUAGGUGGGCAAUUUCAGUGUGGCAAGGUUGCAUGUUGAUGGAAACUUAGCAGAUGGGACACUUGUCAUAUGCUCGUUUAAUUAAGGGGAAAACAAGCUUGAAAACAGAAGAAAUAAUCAUGAACAAGAAAGGAGGAAAGACGGAUGUUUGCAUCAACAGAGAGGAUGGUGUUCCUAGCUUAAAUAAGAUCAAACUCACUUUGUUUCAGAAGAGGAUUUACCCACAGUUCUCUAUUUCUACAACUGGGUUAAGAAUCUGUCUGCUGGAGAGAAUAUAUUAGGUAGGAUGCAUAUAUAUCAAGGCUGCCUGUUUCUAUCAUUUGGGCCCUAGUAUCAACAAUUGGAUGACGUGAUUCAGAAAGCGUUGGAGAAAUUACCUAAGCCUGAUGAGGUAAUGAAAUUCUUUAGUGCCCAUGAAGCACCAGCCAGUUAUGUGAGAAUACUAGUGAUCCAUAAGACCAGAUGGAGGAGUGCAGAACUUGAAAAACUGUGGAUUUGGCAAAAAUCAGACUUUGACAUGCUAGCUCAACAAUGCUGAAGUUCUCAUUGAGCUCGACUAGAAAGGUGUUAAGAGUCUUCUUGUAUUUGCAGUCAGCUUUGUGAGCAAGCUCAUAGAAACACUUGAAAAAAUUGACAUGGAGCACAGGGAGUUGGCUCUUGAAUGCGGCAUUCAAAACUGGGGAUGUAUACCAGUUUUAUAUACACUUAAGAUUGAUGGAUAUGUGAUAAUGAAGACCUUUGGUUAUGAAGAACAACUAACACUAAAGCUCAACAAUGUUGUGAUACAUCCAUUGAUUAAGAUAGGAGGACAAUGGAUGCGUAAACUUAACCCCAUAGUACAAAGAUUUGUUCAGGAGAAUUAGCAAGGUUCAACUAAAUGGUAUGACUUAUGUAUCACUAAUUCAAUAAUAAAUUAUUAUUCUUCUUUGAGUAGUUAUAUUUUAUAGUAAUUUAAAUAUUUUUUUAUACUUGUGAUUGUAUCUUCAAUUUUUCCUUUGUUUUUGAAUUCAAAGAAGAGGAGACUUAUUUUGCAAUACGUUAUAAGGUUGUGAAUCAUGUUCAUCAAUAAUUUCCAUUGAUUUUUUCCCAAAAAAAAAAAGAAUACCAACUAUAUAUUUUUUUGAUUGUGCAUUAUCUUUUUUUUUUUUUUGGGUAACUGAUUAUGCAUUAGGCGAGGAGACUCUUGUCAUAAUCCAGGUACUGAAAUUUCUAUACUCUUGCUGAUAUGAUAUAGCUCUUAGGAAGGGAACCAAUUCUACAACUGAAUUAAAGGUAAUUUUACAAGUAAGGGGAUAUCUGGCUUGCUCUGGGUUAUUUUUUAAAAUAUAUUGCAACCUAAAUGAUAGUUUUACCUUAUAUUUAUUUUUGCGAAGACACCCCUGCAAUUAUCUUUACUUUUCUUAAAGGCAAAGGAAGAUCUUCCCUGGUAAAAUCAACGGCGUUAGGCUCCGUGUCGAUAACAUCUGCUGCAACCCUAAGACUUUGAGUUUGACAAAGAAGUCUGCUCAUGGCAGUGAAGUAAGAGCAGGAGGAUUACCUCAAAUACAUCAACUGAGACAUGAUUCUGCAAUGCAUACUGGGGAAUACAGAGCAUGAAGUUGUAGCAGAAAAAGAAAAGCAGACAAGGUGAUGAGGUGGGCAAUUUAAGUAGCAAGGUGGCACACCGAUGGACGCUUAGCAGAGGAGACAAGUCAUACGCUCGUUUAAUUUUUUAUGAAGAAAACAUACAUGUUGUUGAAAAUUUUUAAUGGAAAUUGAGUUGAAAACAAGCUUGAAAACAG